AUGGAAGCCUUUCAAGCAAAUAUUACUAGCACGUGUCCAUCGGCAUUUGGUGGUGCAUCUGGUAGCUUAUUUGCGGGAGCUAUUGCUGCAGUAGUUGCUGCUCAUUGCUCUAUUUUGGACGAUUAUCGUUGGCCGACAGACCGUGCUGAUCACAUUGUUGGAAGUACAGGUGCUGUGAUAUACGAUUUUAUAGUAGUCGGAGCGGGUUCAGCAGGAUCUCUGCUAGCCAGUCGUCUAGCGAGCUUCAAAUCCUCGUGGUCAGUGCUGCUUAUUGAGGCAGGUGGCGAUCCAGGCUUGGACAGCGAGAUUCCAGGAUUAUUACUUCAUGCCAUAGACUCUGACUUAGAUUGGAUCUACAAAACUCAUCCUGACGGAAAUAGCUGUCUUGGAUUUAAGAACAAUGCCUGCACCUGGAGCAAAGGAAAAGGUUUAGGAGGCUCGAGUUCCAUAAACGCCAUGAUUUAUGUACGAGGACAUCCAAAUGAUUAUGAGAAAUGGAAAGAACAUGGCAACAGAGGUUGGGGUUAUGAAGACCUAAGGCCUUAUUUUGAAAAUCUUGAAAAAGAAUUUGGUUUGAAUAACUACACAUCCAUUCAAAAUCCUUUCUACAGUGUACUUGACAAAGCUUGGCAAGAAAUAGGUUUGACUACUAAAGACAAAGAAACCAAUGAAGCUUUAGAAGGGACUAAAGUAGCUAAAUUAUUGAUUAAGGGUGGAAAGAGAUUAAAUACUGCUAAACAUUUUCUCGAAUCGUUCAAGAAUUUGCAUGUUAUGAAGAAUACUAAAGUACAAAAUGUAUUAAUAGAACCUAAUAGUAAAAUAGCUGUUGGAGUGCAAGUUAAACAUAAAAGCGGUAUUGUCAUGGAAAUCAGAGCCGCCAAGGAAGUCAUAUUAUCGGCAGGAUCUAUUAUGACACCACACAUUUUGAUGUUAUCAGGUAUUGGUCCUAGAAAACAUCUAGAAAAGGUAAAUAUAAAGUGUUUAGUCGAUCUUCCGGUUGGCAAGAACUUGCAAGACCAUUCAAUUUUGCAUUUGUUUUUCACGACAAACUUAAGCACUACACUAACUGUAAAUAUGUUAAACUUAUUUGUAGUACAAUACAUGUUGACACGAACCGGACCGUUUGCAAACAUUGGCAUAUUUGAUUUUUUAACAUUUGUCGAUACAAAUAACGAUAAUUAUCCUGAUCUCCAGUUUUAUCAUUCGCAAUAUGUGAAAGAUGAUACAAUUAUGUUGAAAAGAAACAUGAAAAGAAUGGGUUAUAAAGACGAAUUUAUAUCGGUUAUUAAAGAAAUCAAUAAAGUAAGCGACAUAUUCAUGAUUCAUCCGAGUGCUUUACAUCCUAAAUCAAAAGGAGAAAUACUUUUAAAAGAUAACAAUCCUGAGUCAGAUCCUGUGAUUAAAACUAAUUAUUUUGCACAUCCUGAAGAUAUAGAGGUUUAUAUGAAAAGUAUUCAACUUAUUAAAAAAAUGGAGAUUACGAAAACGUUUAAAAUGUUAGAGAUGAAACUUAUUAAAUUGGAAAUCGAAGCAUGUUCAAAUUUGUCAGAAAUAGAUUAUUGGGUGUGCUACCUUAAACACGUAGCCACUACAGUAUAUCAUCCAGUAGGAACAGUAAAAAUGGGCAAAAGAGAUGACGUCACAUCAGUAGUCGAUGACAAUUUAAAAGUUCAUGGUAUAGAGAAAUUAAGAGUAGUAGAUGCUAGUAUAAUGCCUGUUAUAACUGGUGGUAAUACAUUGGCUACAACAUUGGUCAUAGCUGAAAAAGCUGCUGAUAUCAUUAAGCGUGAGUUCAGUAUUAACGACGAAUUGUGA